AUGCUUCUUUCCUCCCCCACUCAAUGCCCACCUUUUUCCUUGCCACUUCUCUCUAUCCCCACACCGUCCUUCCGUUUCCUAUACCCCCGCGCCGUUAUUCAGGUUGACGUGUUGCUCCUUUCAACAUCUGUCCUACCCGCUCCAUCCACUGUAGAAACACCAACAGAAUCAGCACCAGCAGCAGCUGCAGGUGAGGCAGCAGGGGGAGGGGACGUCUACAACGCUGCCCCUCCUCCUGCCAGCACCGCUCCCCAGGUCCGACUGCUGCUCUCCUUUCCCGCCUGGCAGGGCUGUCUGCAGGGCGAGGGGUGCGCAGCGGUGCAGAGCGGUAGCCAAUGCAGGGAGGGGGAUGGGGGGGAAAGGGAUGGCGACGUGGGGCAGGGGAGCGAGGAGGGCAGGGAGGCAGGAGGGUUAGGAGGAGAGGGGCAACAGGCUUUGUCAGAAGGGCCGUGGGGACUGGCGGAUCCGAGUCUGGACGGUUCGUGCUGCUCGCUCUCCCUCCUUCCCCACCCGCCCAGUGCUGCUGCCACGCCAAGAGGUGACGCCACUGAUAAAGGCACAGCCGAUGCAGGGGUGCAGGGGAAGCAAGGAGAGCAGGGAGAGCAGGCGGGGAGGCAGGCGUGGACGCUGGUGUCGGUGUCACACAACGGGCUGGUGUGCGUGCGAGAGGUGGUGCUGGUGCCUAGAGGGGACAGAGGGGAGGCUGAGAGGGUGUGGGAGGAGGGAGAGAGGGGGAGUGGGAGGGAUGAGGAGUUGGAGGAAGGGGAGGAGUUGGAGGAAGGGGAGGAGGUGAGUGAGGGAGAGGAGGAGGGGGAAGAGGGGCAAGAUGAGGGUGCGGAGUGGGCAGCAGAGCAGCGGCUGGUGCGGCGGUUUGUGGCGAUUGCACCGCGCAAGCCGUCGAAAAAGAAAAGGAAGAGGCAGGGCGGCGGUGAGAGUGACUCGGGUGGCGAUUCAGGGGCGGGAGGGGGCCCAGGCAGCAAUGGUGAUGCCGCUGCAGCUGCUGCUUCUGCUAAUGGUACAGCUACGGCGGGUGCGACAGCAGGGGGAGCAGAGAGGCCUCGUCUGCUGUGUGCUGCUGUGGACCCCACCGGAGCCACCAUUGCCGUUGGCGGGUCAGUGCUCUCGCCUCCUCCUUCCCCUUCCCCUCGCAUUAUCUCUCGUCACUCCCUCGUCUGCUGUGUGCUGCUGUGGACCCCACCGGAGCCACCAUUGCCGUUGGCGGUGCAUCGCCCCUCUUCCCCUCAUAUGCCCAAGCUGGUGGGUGCAUGCACUUGCCUUUCGCUGCCUCCCUCCGUUUCCCUGCUUUCAUUCCUUCUCCUUUCCUUGCACUGCCCCUUCUCCCGUUUCAUUGCUCUGUCUCCCCCCCCUUGCCCCUCAUUUUUCUGCGGACGAUCCACUCCCGAGCCCAUAUGGUGUGGUGGUGCCGAAGCACCUAAGCCUCCCUGCUCUCCUCUCUCAAUCAUCUGCUCGCAUCCCCGCACUCCCCACCCUGCUGCACAACCCCCCCUCUGCACAACCUACCCCCCCCAGCCUCUCCCGAGCCCAUACGGUGUGGUGGCGCCGAAGCACGUGACAGCGGUGUGCCACGUCAGCGCAUGCCACCCGGCACGCCUCGUCACCGCCUGCCAGGACAACUCGUUGCGAAUCUUCGACCUUCUUUUGCAGCCGCGCCCCUUGAAAGUCGUCUCUCUGGGCACCGUGCCCAUCCGCUCACUUGCUGCUGUGUGGAGCAAGGGUGGUGGGGAGGGGUGCAGUGCGGUGACAGUCGGAACGGGCAUGGGGGAGAUGAAGCUGGUGGAUCUGACACACGGUCGCAUCGCUGGAGCGUUUAAGGGCGAGUGUGCGGGCUCCAUUCGUUCCCUCACCAUGCACCCAUCGCUGCCUCUUGUAGCCUCAUGCGGCCUUGACCGCUACCUACGCAUACACCACCUACACUCUCGCCGCCUUGUUGCCAAGGUGUUUCUGAAGCAGCCACUCAACUUCCUUUGCUUCCUGCCAGAAGGGGCGGCCACUGGGGCAGUUGCAUCAGGGUCCACAGUCUCCAAGCGCAAGCUCACAGAUGUGACUAUAGCGGGCGGAGAUACAGAAGUAGCAGUGGAAGCACCAGCAGAGGCAGCAAGGGCAGCAGCAACGGGAAGAUCCCAGUCCGCACCAGCACAGGGUGGGGAGAGUAAGGCUGUGGCGACUCGCAGCAGUGCACCAGGCAGGGGGUUUGGAAGGGCACCCAGCGAGGCUGGGAGGAAGGUGAUGAACGGUGCUGGUG